AUGAAAGCAGCCAGCAUCCUCGCGACAUUAGCAGGCGCAGCAUUCGGUGCCUGGUGCGUGUGGAAGGCUUCCAUGACAGGGUGGGCGGUCCCAGGCAGUGGUACACCGACUGCGCCAGCGGGGCAACAUCCGCCUCGUGUUGAGCCUUCUGGCAACACCUGUCGGCUUGAUCUGAAGGGGUCGCCCGUGCAGCAAACGCAGGGUUUCGAUUAUUGGUACGCGAAUCAGAGUGAUGCGUGGCUGUCACCAUUUGUGAUCCCGAGCCACCGCCUCGUGUUCUGCUAUGUGCCGAAAUGUGGCACAUCUCGAUGGCAGACGUUUCUUCGCUGGUUGGUGGGAGUGCAGGAUUGGGCAUCCAAUCCACACAAUCGCGAUGCCAACGGCUACAUCGGUGGGCUGAUGCAGCUCAAGCACCUGCCACGUGCAGAGGCCAUUCAAAUCAUGCUCGAUCCAAGCUGGACUAAGAUGGCAGUGGUCAGGGACCCCUUGGACCGUUUGCGGUCGGCGUAUCUGGACAAAAUUGCCGGCGGGAAUGAUCCUAACAAUACCCACCUCACUAAAGACUUGUUUGGUUUGCCGUAUGAAGCCUUCAACGCGACCAAUUUCCCGGACUUCGUGACGAGGGUGGAAUUCGGUAUGCACCACGCCUUGGAGCACGAGAAUCCUCACUGGCAGCGCCAGUCUCGUACAUGUGAUUUGGGCAAGUUCCUUCCCUUCUACCAGCAUGUUUUCUUCAUGGCCCCUGACAAGUCCAUGCGGGCAGAGCUGUCCGACUGCUUUAUAGACGCGGUUGCCAAGACAGCACCGAACCCCAGUGCGGUCAGAAACUUCAGCUUCGGAGAGUCAGCGAAGGCGCUAGCUGAACACAGGACGGAUGCAAAAGAUCACGCUACUUAUGAUGAGCAGCUCUGCCAGAAGGCCAGGCAGCUCUAUGCUGAGGAUUAUGAGCUGUUCCGAUUUCCCCAGCCGACAUGCUUGCGAGAUGCUCCUCACGUGACAUGGCCCGCUCUGUAA